UAUUAAACGACGACACUCAUCACGACGGCUUAACUUUUUAAACACAACAAAGCUAAACACGCUGGCCAAAUCAACAGAGGUUUAAAAAUAAAAUUCCUAAAGCUAUGUACGCUACUUUACUUUCUAAUAUAAUUGUUUCAGCAGACAAACUGUUAAAAAUUAACUGACUCUAGAUCAAAACUCAUUCAGUCUCUAUGUAUUUUAUCAAGAAAAUAGCCCCGCCUACAGUGCCUUUUGUUACGUUAAUGAAUGAAUAGAAGGAAAGAAUUUUCAUCAACAUUUUGUUAUUUUUCCCACGGGUUUCCGUGUUGAACUUGUUACGGGUAUCGUUUGUCAUAAUAUUUUUAUGAAAUCGUGUAUAACUGUAUUUGUUUCCGCGAAAUGUCACAUUAUUACGAAAUUCAUUGAAGAAACAAGGCGUUUUAACAUUUAGUUACUAUGGCUGGCGUCCUGAGAAUACAACACGGGAAGCAGUUGGGAGCGUUGUUUAUGUUAUGUUGUCUAGUUUUACCAGCUCUAUCCGCAGAAGACGUUAGCUAUCAAGCCUGCGUCGAUAAAUACUCCAGGAAAGGUUACCAGCCGUGGCAAGAGUGGUCGGAUCACUACACGUGCCACCGCUACAGAUGCGAGAUCAGAGACGGGAAAUACUUCAUAGCUGCUGUCGGAUGUCGAAAACCAAAAAUACCGGAAAACGCACUGGAAUGCCACGAAUACAUCGAAGAUGAGAAUGUCGAAUUCCCCACGUGCUGUGCGCGAUUGCGUUGCGUCGUCGAAGUAAAUGGAGAGAGAAUAGUGCAAACCAGAGGGCAGCCUGGCGAACUGUUCCCCGAUAAACCAUGGAAGGGCCAACAAAACGAGCCAAAUCCUGCUGUUGUCGGAAUGAGCGGCAUCCAGCAGACACCGGUCGGUGGCGAGCCCCAGGGUCAGGCGUCUCCUGGAAUAUUUAACAGCAGAGGAGCAGCGGAUGGCAGCGAUAUUAGCAGCCGUCGGUUUAUCGACUACCCCGCGCCGCAGAUGCAGGACAGCCCCCGACGAAAGCGCUCCACAGUGUACCCGCUGUUUGACAGAACGAAUCGGGAACACAACUAUCAAAGUCACCCCGUCAAAAUAAACGGAUACACCCCCGAAAAGUACACUUCGUAUUUUUCCAAUAACGUAAAGAAUUUGUCUAAUUUCAAUCCCAGACUAUCGCUCAAUCUGUCUUAAUUGAAGUCGUAACGCAAACGGUACUAUAUCUACCGUUAAUGAUAUUAUUUGAAUUUUAAAUAUUGUAUAAGUUUCCAUCUGUUAACUUACGUACUUUGUCGUGUAAAGUUUCUUUAUUUAGGAAAUAGUUGAUUGUAUAGAAAUAAAGAACUAAAAUUUACUAUUUAUAUUACAAAUGUAAACAUUAAAUAAAUAAAAAUAACAUUUUA